AUGGACCUAAUCCCAAGCUCUUCCAUGGAAACCUGGGUUCUCCUGGUCUUCAGUCUGCUGCUCCUCUAUCUAUAUGGGACCCGUUCACAUGGACAUUUUAAGAAACUGGGGAUUCCUGGGCCGAGACCUUUGCCCUUUUUAGGAACAGUACUGAACUACCGUUAUGGUAUGCAAAAUUUUGACAUAGAAUGUUAUAAAAAGUAUGGAAGAAUAUGGGGGUUAUAUGAUGGUUGGAUGCCUAUGCUGGCCAUCACGGAUCCAGACAUGAUCAAAACCAUCCUGGUGAAAGAAUGUUACUCUGUCUUCACAAACCGGCGGCCACUAGGCCCAGUGGGAUUCAUGAAAUAUGCAGUCUCCAUAAAUAAAGAUGAGGAAUGGAAGAGGAUCCGAUCACUGCUGUCUCCAGCCUUCACAAGUGGGAAGCUCAAAGAGAUGUUCCCCAUCAUUGUUCAGUAUGGAGAUGUGUUGGUGAGGAACCUGAGGAAGGAGGCAGGGAAAGACAAGCCUGUGGACUUGAAAAGUGUAUUUGGAGCCUACAGUAUGGAUGUCAUCAUGAGCACGUCAUUUGGAGUGAAUAUUGAUUCUCUCAACAACCCACAAGAUCCCUUUGUGGAAAAUGCAAAGAAGCUCUUAAGAUUUGAAAUCUUUAACCCAUUUUCUUUAUUAUUAUUGAUCUUACCAUUCCUUACACCCAUUUUUGAAACUCUCAGUAUCACUGUUUUUCCAAGAAGUGUCAUUAAAUUUUUCAAGAAAUCUAUAAAGGUCAUGAAAGAAAAUCGCCUUAAAGAUGAAGGUAAGCACCAAGUGGACCUCCUCCAAUUGAUGAUCAACUCCCAGAAUUCCAAAGAGGUGGCCCAUCAUAAAGCUCUGACUGAUUUGGAGCUCGUGGCCCAAUCUGUGAUCUUUAUUUUUGCUGGCUAUGAAACCACGAGCAAUUCCCUGUCUUUCACUCUGUAUUUACUGGCCACUCACCCUGACGUCCAGAAGAAACUGCAAGAGGAGAUUGACACAACUUUCCCUAACCAGGCUGCUCCCACCUAUGAUGCCAUGAUGCAGAUGGACUAUCUUGACAUGGUGGUGAAUGAAACCCUCAGACUCUACCCUAUUGCUGGCAGACUGGAGAGGGUGUGCAAGAAAGAUGUGGAAAUCAGGGGUGUACUCGUUCCCAAGGGCACAGUGGUGAUGAUGCCCCUCUUUGUCCUCCACAAAGACCCAUCACUGUGGACAGAGCCUGAGGAGUUCCAUCCAGAAAGGUUCAGUAAGAAGAACAAGGGGGGCAUAAACCCUUAUGUCUACAUGCCCUUUGGAAAUGGCCCCCGGAACUGCAUUGGCAUGAGGUUUGCUCUCAUGAACAUGAAGGUUGCUCUGGUGCGAGUCCUGCAGAACUUCACCUUCAAGCCCUGCAAAGAGACACAGAUUCCUAUGAAGCUGGGAAAUCAAGGACUUACUCAACCAGAAAAACCCAUUGUCCUAAAGGCUGAGCCAAGAGAGGGAACUGUGAGUGAAGCUUGAUUUUGGGGAAAGAUUUCUACUUUGUCCUUAUAUCUAUAUCCAGAAUGCCUGAGAGGUGAUUUAACUCCUUAAAUAGAACCCAGAAAUGAAGAUCGUCCCAGUAAUGGCUACCCAUGGCUUCUGAGUGUCCUUUUAGUUUGCUAAGAGGGUUAAUGUGAGACACAAGUGAGAUGACUGAAUAAAUGCCAGCUCUGUAGACUCA